AUGAGUGUUUUCGCGCUUUUUGUUGGACCCAUUGUACUAGAUGAACCACUUCCAGCAUAUGCUGAGUUUCCAUUUGAUGUAUCUCAUCAACCACUGAGAGCUAUUACAUAUAUACACCAAAUAAUAGUGGGUCUAUAUAUAGCUGCGCAUUUAUCUGUCAAUGCUUUUAUGGCAUUUUUGCUAUGGUUAGCAUCCGCAAGAUUGAAAUUGUUGAUUGAAGAAUUGCGAAUAAUCACAAACAUCUAUGAUUUCAUAAAAUGCAUCAAAAAGCAUCAACAACUGCUCGAAUAUGCAGGAGAAGUAGCUUUUACAGUUCGUUCUUUCGCAUUUGGAACUGUAUUUUCUAGUACUGUAUCCUUAAUAGUAUUCGGUCUUAUUUUUAUUACAGGUGCAUCAUUACCAUUGAAGAUUCAAUGCACCUUUUUAGCAAUCAGUGCAUUAUUAGAAGUAUUUAUGUAUGCAUGGCCAGCGGAACAUUUAAUUCACAUAUGCAACCAUGUCGCACAAACAACCUUCGAAAUAGAGUGGUAUAAUGAAUUAGGAAAUCUUCGAAAAAAUAUACAAAUGAUAAUACUAAGGAGCCAGAAGCCCAUACUUGUUGUAUUACCAUGUGGUCUGCCCUCGUUAUCUUUACGUUAUUAUGCAUCGUAUCUUUCAACUAUAUUCUCUUAUUUCACUACAAUGCGAAUAAUGUUUGAAGGACAGUCAGAUGUGUUAUAAAUAGAACAAUAUAUUUUUGACGUCUUAAAAAAGAAAGAUUUGAUUAAAAAAAGUGAGAAAAAGACGAAAAUAGGAAAAUACAAAUAGUUUUUAGGAGGCAUUUUUAGAGAGAAAAAGAACAGAAAACGUUGUUAAG